UGUGCACUUCCCUUUGGGGUUUUUGCUCUAGCAGCCUAACCAUGCCUGUAGACUUCAGUGGCACCUGGAACCUUGUGAGCAGUGACAAUUUUGAAGGUUACAUGCUGGCGUUGGGUAUUGACUUUGCAACUCGCAAGAUAGCAAAAAUGCUGAAGCCACAGAAGGUGAUUGAACAGGAAGGUGAUUCAUUCUCCAUCCAAACCACCAGCACUUUCAGAAGUUACUUUGUCCAAUUCAAAAUUGGAGAGGAGUUUGAGGAAGACAAUAAAGGCCUAGAUCAUAGAAAAUGCAAGAGUGUGGUUACCUGGGACAAGGACAAGCUUGUUUGUGUCCAGACUGGUGACAAGAAAAACAGGGGCUGGACUCAUUGGAUUGAAGGCGAUGAGCUAUAUCUGGAGCUCCGCUGUGAGGACCAAGUAUGCAAACAGGUUUACAAGAGAGCUUGACUUAGUCCAGCCUUGACUGACACUUGAAAAACACAUCAGUACUGAGCAGACCUUAUGGAACCGGUUUCUUUAUGUACAUGGGUUUCUAGA